GCUUGUGUUUGCAUUGAAAAAUGUCUUGUUUCAUUUGCUUUUUCUUGAUUCUUUGUUCCAAUAACUGAACUUUGUUAGCAUCAUCAUUAACAAAUCAACAUCGUUUCUUUAAACAGUGGUUCAGUGUAUUCACCAUUCACUUUCUAUCAAGAGUCAAGGGAACAAAAUAGAAAACGGUACCAUUAUCCACUAUCAUCAUGUCCACUGCAGUCCACUGGCAUGAUAUUGACGAUGCUUUGGCAGCUGAUUUUGACGGAAGCCUUUCUGGUCUCGGAAUGGAAUUGGGAACUUCUUCAUUUAACAUGAGCGAAACUCUACUUGCGUUGCCAAGUCUAAAAAGUGAGCAUACCAAUUAUCAUCAUCGAAGUCAUCUUAAUCAUCAAUCAAACGGCAACAGCAGUGAUAAUUCACAUCAAUCUUCUCCUCAUCAUAAGCAUUCUAUCGGUACAAAUAGCAAUAUCAAAGGGUCCAACUCUGAGUCAUCUUCAUUAUCCCUGUCAUUAGACAAUCCACUUGGUGAUGAUGGCCGUGGCUCGGACAUCAUUGUUCAUCGGAAAAAGAAUCGUUUAGCUUAUGGUCUCGACGAAGAAAGCAUGACCAGCACCAUUAAACGAUUUUGUUUUAGCAAUGAGCGGGAAACGUGUAAUGCUGAUUCCAUGCGAUAUAUUUUUGCAACACAUGGUCUCAUUCAGAGAGGCUCAGAUGGUGAUUGCCAACAUGAAGAAUGUAAAAGUGAGAUGAAAUGCCAACAGCGUCACAGCAUAUCAGCCCCGGAUCUAAGAACUACCUCAGCAUCAUCGAUAUUACCACAUUCAGGUCGAUCAUCACCAUCUGCAGCCAUAUCAAGUCCAUCCUCGGUUCUAACUCAGAUACUUUCAGUAUCUAAUCAUCCAUUCGGUUCCAGUUCUACUGGGACUACGGCAACUAAUACCACAAGCAGCAAUCAUCAUCAUCAUCAUAUUCACCAACAACAACAACAGCAGCAACAACAGCAUCAUCAUCAUCAUCAGCAUAAUCAACAUCAUCAAAAUCAUAAUGCUACAUCUUCGUCCAAUGAGUCUGAAUCGCCUUCUCCUAUUCGUCAUACAAAUGAAUUUUUGUAUCUUUUACAAGCACCAACAUCGAUGGCUACUAAAGUCAAUGAAGAAACCAUGACAUACCUCAACCAAGGUCAAUCAUAUGAGAUAAAUCUUAAGAAACUUGGCGAUUUAUCUGAUUUAAGAGGUAAAAUGUUGAAAAGCAUUAUUAGAAUAGGAUUCCACGAAAGGAGGCUACAGUACAUGGAGAAAGAUUUGAUUUUGCAAUGGAAGCAAUCCAGACAAUCUGAAAGAAUAUUAGAAAUUGACAUUCCACUUUCUUAUGGUAUUUACGAAAAUCAACACAAUUCUCAAGAAAUAAACAAAUGUGAAUUUCUCUGGGAACCAACUAAAGAUACAGGCGUAUUCGUCAGGGUUAAUUGUAUAAGUACAGAGUUUACCCCAAAGAAACAUGGUGGCGAAAAAGGAGUACCUUUUCGAUUGAUAAUCGAAACACACGCUUAUGAUGGGGGUGUUAAAAUUGGUGCCUCUAGCAUCCUGCAUGCUGCAUCAUGUCAAAUCAAAGUUUUCAAACCUAAAGGUGCAGAUAGAAAGCACAAAACAGAUCGAGAAAAGAUGAGCAAGCGUCCUCAAAGCGAACAGGAGAAAUUCAAACCGUCUUCAGAUCGUACUGCCUUUACUGAGUAUCCUAUCAAUAGUUUGUAUACAGCAACAUCAUCUAUCAACAAUAAUUCAGGAAAUAGAGGCAGCAACGAUCAUAAUGGAGUCAUAUGUGGUAAUGUUAAUGGUAAUUCGAAUGAUGCAGUUGGUAAUAACAGCAAAAUUAGGAAUAGUUCUAAUGUUGUAUUGUCUCGAGGCUCACCACCAUCUUCACCCACUGUUUCAGCUCCAUCAGUGUUGGUUCCAUCUAUCGGAGGAACCGAAACGGGAGGAGUCAACCUAAGAGGUUUGGAAGAGAAGCUGAAAGCCUCAUCGGAAGCCAAUAAUAGUGUUGUCCCCAAAAGGUCUCCAUCUUUGUCCGAUGAUAAGGAACUAGAACCAAACUUUACUAAUAAUAAUUCCACUUCACCAUUUAACCUCAAUACCAUCCUCUCCUCAGAAGCAUCAUCUGAAGAAACUGCCAACUGGUUAGCCUUGAAUAGAUUUGAUUCUUACGUUAGGACGUUUUCAAAUUUUUCGGGCUCAGAUCUAUUAAGGAUGACACGUAGUGAUCUCAUUCAGAUUUGUGGCCUAACUGAUGGCAUUAGACUUUUCAAUGCUCUUCAUAUUCGCGCUAUUAAACCUAAACUGACCUUGUAUAUCUGUAAUCCUGUGGAUGAAGUUUUCAGAGCUUUAUACUUAGAAAACCUUAGUGUUACAGAGUUUAAGGCUAAAUUGGAAUCCGUGAUAUUAUGUUCAAAUGAAUAUUACAUAAACAGAAUCUGCUUACAAGGUCCUUCUGGAAUUCAUGUUCUUAUGACAGAUGAGGUCAUCAGAAAUUUCACGGAAGAAUCAAUUUUCUUGAUGCAAUUAGAUCGAGUUGCUAAUGAUGGGACUGAUGAAUGCCACUUCGAAAUUAUACUUAAACCAUAUAAAUAAUGAUAAACAUUCGAUAGCCAAUAAUUAAUUUUGCUACCAAUCGUCCCUUUUUGUGUGGUGACAAAACCAACGUACUCUCCAAAGGAAAUAAUAAUUUGGAUUAAAUUAAGUUUAAUUUAUAUUGUAGGGAGAAAAAACUGUCAUUUUGACUUUUCGAUACUACAAAUUAAUUAUAAGAUUUUUCAUUUUGAUAUUUUAGAAAACAUCAAAUCAAUGUUUCACCUUGUGAAUAAAGUAUUAAAAAACUAAAA